CGGCCGAUCAAUUGGGCGAAACUUGCAGGCGUAACUGAAAUCGAAAACAAUAAUAGGGCGAAACUCGAAAAUCUCUGAAAUUACGUGAAAAAAGUAAAAGUUCUCGAUAACCAUCGAACAAUAAGUGAAUAUAAUGCACAGUUUUUGAUUUUGUUGAACAAAAAGUGGUCGAUUUUAUAAAUAGGAUUUGAAUAGGUGUUCCGAAUUUUCAAACGCGUUUUUCUCGUUUCGAGCUAACUGCUAGUUUCGCCCUUUUUAAAUGUUACGCUAGAAGUGUUGGUCGUUUGCAUGCGAUAAAAUUUUGUAGCUCCCUCAAAGGUCAUCAUCAAUUACACUGCAAAAGAAAUCGCGUACGAGAAUAACAAUGGAAAAUCUAGCGGAUGAUCCUAGUUUCAUAGAUAGGAUUGUACACGAGGUUAAGUCGCAAGGCUUGUUCGACCAGUUCCGCAAAGAGUGCCUUGCAGAUGUGGACACGAAGCCAGCUUAUCAAAAUCUACGCCAGCGUGUGGAAACAUCAGUGAGCAAAUUUCUCGCUCAGCAGAAGUGGACCGACAAUAUUCGUCACAAAAAUCAACUGCGUGAUAAACUACGUAAACAUAUUAUCGAUUCUGGAUUUUUGGAAACUGGCGUAGAGCGUAUUGUUGAUCAAGUCGUAAACCCGAAGAUUUCAACUGUAUUCCAUCCCAAAGUUGAAGAAAUUGUUUAUAAUUAUCUUGGAAUCGAAAAGCCGAAAACUGUCGUAAAUGGAGCCGCUGGAAACAGCAGCUUGGAUAUACAAACCGAUUUUCUGCCAGAAGAUUUGGAGGCUGUCAGUCCGGACUCGGACAAGAAAUCUUCGAGUACAUCUCCCGACCCACCAAACGCUGUGGAACCACAUGCCAUUGAUGAUCUAAACGAAUCCAAAGAAAAUGUGGAUGAUUUCGAAUCUCCAGCUUUUGAGCCGUUGGAGAUUAGACCUCCAAGUCAAGUGCUAAAGCAUGAUAGCAACGAUUCUCAUGCAUCGGUCAUCAGCGGAUUGACGUCACAAGAUUCCGUCGAAAGUGAGAACCUUAACGAUAAAAAUACUCCGGUUGAAGAAGAAGCAUAUUCGCUAAUCGAUCAAAGCGCAACAAAUAAUAGUAAGGCUGCAAACGGUUCAAUUGUCCAUGAUGGUUCUAGUGCAGGAUCUCAAAAUGUACCCAACUCACCGUUACCAGUCCUACAGAGUCCAGAAAUAGUACAGAAUGAUUCUCAGCUAUCACAAGUAUCAAGCAACAGUCGGCUUUCUAUUAUUACAAAUUCAGAAGGUACUCAGCAACAGCAAGCUCACUUACCGAGCCCAGGGCUAGACAUCACAGAAGAAGCUCAGAUGCCUAAAUUCAAUGAAAAUUCCAAUGAAGAAGGUGAAAUUUUGGAUAGCAGUGAUGAUCAAACAAUGGAAGAGGAAGGCAAACUUCAGCCUCAAAAGUCAAACUUUGAUCUGCACAAAGAAGCAUAUGAAUUCAGGGGCACAGAACGAAAUCGUCGAUUUUUGGAUACGGAUUCGUCCAUGAAAGGAAGCCGUCAGGAUGCAGCAGCUGAUAAUGAUUUGAAUAGGCAUCAACAAGAUAUUAAAAGUAUUUCGCCGAUUGUACCGGUGCAUUACGAGGAAAAUUCAUCCCAUUCCGAACGGUCCUUGCGUAUAUGUGAAGAUUCAACGUUGGAGCAACACAAAAUUCAAGACAUGAACAGUCAUAUGAUGGAAACUUGCGAUUCAGCAAAGACACCGUUGAACGACGAGCAUAGCACUCAGUCAGCACCGGAUGCAGAUAAAUUGGAGAAUUCUCCACCUGCAGUUGUCACAUUGACAGCCAUCCAUAAUCAACAGCUAGAUGUAUUGGAGAAAAAAUCCGACCGUAGCCGCCGAGAGCACCAUCAUGAAAGCGAUCGCAAUCGUAAGCAUCAUUCGUCCCAUCGGCAUCAUUCAUCGUCUUCGUCAUCUUCCAGAGAUAAAAAAUCACACAGUUCUUCCAAGCAUCAUCGUAGUAGUGGUGGAAGCAGCAGCAGCAACAGCAGCAGUCGUCAAGAUAGAAAAAAUGAAAACGGCAAAAGAUCUUCGGAGAAAAAACGUGAGGAGGAUGACCAUUACAGUUCACAUGAUAAAUCAAGCAAAAAGCGACGUUCGACGGAUCGCGAUUCAAAUGACGGGGCCGAUGGCAGUAAAGCUCCGAAAUCCGGAUCCAGCGCAGGAAUGUCGCGUCACACUUCCGAAAGAAUGUACAGCAAUUCUAGCAAAACUUCACGCGAAAUGGAAAAACGUCACAAUGAAUCACAGUCGGACCAAAUCAAUUUGAAUGAAUCAUUAGAAUCGAGCUUUGAAGGGUUCGACGAAGAAAAAGUGAGCAGAGAAAGCGAAUUUUUGAAAGCAAACAUGAAAGGAAAAGUCGACUCAGUAAAAAAAUCGAAAAAGCGAAAAUCCGACGGACUCAGUGAUCGUAAGCCAGUGCUUCCGCAAAACAUGGACGUCUUCGCAUUUUCGUUUGAUAAACCUGCCAAGCUGGGUGAAAAUUCGGAUAUUUCUGAUUCUGGUGAGCAACAUCCCGAAGGAGAUUUGCUUCUCCGUGAACAAUCAACACCAGAUACAUUUAACGAUUCGAUUGAUAAUCUUGAAGAAGGUGUUAUCUUGCUAAAACCGAUGGAAAUUGAAAAGGUGACCAUUGCUUCCCAGGAAGUUACUUCUAGUACCGACGAACUAGCAUUGCCCGAGGAAACAAUACUUAAGCCCCAGAUUCCUGAAACCGAUCCAUCGUCUUUGGUAACACUCGUUACUCAGCCUGUUGUAGUAGAUCAGAUGUUGACCAACGGUGACGACAUGGAUCUAGAGUUACUGAUUGGAGAGAAACAGCUUGUUGGAGAUGAAAGCUCAUUGGUAACCAUUCAAAAAGGGCUAGAUACUGUGAAAAAUAAAGUACGCAAACCAAAAAUUGCAUCCAACUUUAAUGAAGCACGCAAGCUUAUGAAAGUUCGUAAACAUAUUGACCGAGAAGAGAAGAAGAAACGUGAACAAGCGAUAUUGGCUGCCAAAAAACUUAUCACAGAGAAUGGCAUCAAGGAUGCGGAUGACCAAGGAAUCGAAUUGGAAUUUGUUUGUGAUGAGAACAAUAAAAGCUCAGGUCCAAUAAUUUCGUCACCAGUCAGGCCAAAAUCUAAACCGAACAAUGACCUUGAGGAAGACGAACUUCAGUAUUUCCCAGAAGUAAACGAAGUAUUUGCGCCAAACUUGAAAUUACUAGAAACAUUGCGACAGAAAACUCCUGGGAAGACGUUUGCAAAUGAUUUCGUAGUUGAGUUCUUAGCCGUCAAGUUGUUCUCUUUGGCACCUCCCUCUGUUAGAACAUUUUCACUGGAUAAAGAGGCCAAUGAUUCACUUGCGGUAGAAAUCAAACAUACCGGCGAAUUUUCCGGAACCUUCAAUCCAUCAGAGCUUUGCGAAAUGGAUCCAACCAAACAGUUGAAGGUGCGAACAGCUUCAAUCGACAGUGAUAUCGAGCCAGAAAUGGAAAGUGUCGUGCAAUCUAUUCGAUAUAGUGAUACAUCUAUGUCAGAGAAACCUGAGCAGAGCAAUCAGAAAGGUACCGACUUCAAAGAUAGCUCAUCGGAAACAAAGUCACAAAAAGCAAAAGUCAAAGAAUCGAAAUCGUGCUUGACUAAAGUCAAACGUGUGGGUUUGGCAAAACCAAAAACGAUAACUCUAAAGAAAGCUAUCCUUACAGUCGAUAUUGCAGAGGUAAAUUCUGAAAUGGCACCAUCCGAAAAACCAUCUCCAACAGCAGCAGUGUCAGCCGAAGUUCCGAACAAUAAUAACGGUGUUAUAAAAAGUGUUCAGCGGUACUCCAGCGAUGAACUGUAUAGGCCUCGAACAUUGAACGGACUACGAACAAAGACACGCACACGAGCCAGUGAGGUGGGCGGAGUAUGAAUUUCCUUCGGAAAAAGAUUCUUAAAAUAUUAACACAGAGAACAGACCUACAAGAUCGUUUAAGAAUUUUGUGUAAAAAAGCAUUCAUUCUGUUUUGAUAUCGAGACGCGCGUCGCGAUGCUUUUCGAAACGUAUCUCUUCUAAUAAAAACGUCUCGAUAAAGAAACACCUUCUAGUA